CAGGUCCAGUCGGAAAGUGGAGGCUGUGUGUCGGGACUUUGAGCAGCAGAGGGUCUGCUACCUGCCGCUCAACAUCUUCCUCCUCCGUCCUCUUCAUCGCCUGCUCCACUACAAACUGAUCCUGGAGAGGCUCUGCAAACAUUACCCCCCGACUCACGAAGACUUCAGGGACUCCAGAGCGGGCCUGGCGGACAUCUCGGAGAUGGUGCUGCAGCUGCAAGGCGCCAUGAUGAAGAUGGAGAACUUCCAGAAGCUUCUGGAGCUGAAGAAGGAUCUGACCGGCAUCGAAAACCUCGCCAUCCCCGGGAGGGAAUUCAUCAGGCUGGGUUGCCUCAGCAAGCUCUCAGGAAAGGGCCUCCAGCAGAGGAUGUUCUUCUUGUUCAGUGAUUCCUUGGUGUACACAAGUCGAGGAAUGACCCCGUCAAAUCAGUUUAAAGUUCACGGCCAGAUGCCCCUCUACGGCAUGACGGUACGAGAACAUAUAAAAAGCAUUUUGUGA